AUAAAAAAAGAAUUUUAGUCAAGUCUAUCCCAGCUCCAUUAAAAUUUGUUUUCGAUAAGGAAACCCAGCCACAACACAUUGCUUUGGGAUAUGGUUUUACUUUAGUUUGUGCGAACAAAUCAAAGAAGCAAUAUCUCAAAGGAUUUGGAAUCAAUUCGAGUUCACAAGUUGGUCCUCAAACAAGCAAAUCUGACAUCGAUUUCCUUAUUAAACCUACAAAUAUCCACCUUCCAGAAUCGUUGCCAAUAAUCGGAUUAGCUGCAGGAAAAGCUCACUCGAUCGUUGCCUGCAAAGACCGACUUUUCACAUUUGGAAACAACUGCUAUGGACAAUGCGGUCGUGCAGUCAUUGAAGGAGAAAUAUACAAACAUAGUAAUGUAGUUCAUUCUGUCCCCGUGGAAAGUGGUGUGAGGGGAGUGACCUGUGGGUGUGAUCACUCUGUACUUGUUACUGAGAAGGGAGACUUGUUUUCGUGUGGUUGGGGGGCAGAUGGACAGACCGGACAUGGCCAUUAUGAAAACACUCAUGUGUUUAGUCCAGUCCUGGGAGAUACGGAAGGAGUGGAUAUUAUCAAAGUAGUUUCCGCAGGGGAUACUAAUUUGGCUUUGUCGAGGGACGGAGAAAUCUUUGGAUGGGGAAAUUCAGAAUAUGACCAACUGAGAAUACCCUCAAUGGAACCACAAAUCAACGUUUCUAGACAUAUUCCACUAAAAAUUGGAAAAGUAGUGGAUAUAGCAUGUAAUUGCACUGCCUGUAUUGCUCUGAAUAAGUCAGGAGAGGUCUUUGUUUGGGGGUAUGGAAUUCUUGGGCUUGGCGGAAUGGUUUCAUCUGUAAAAGAGCCAACUGAAUUGCCCAGAACUUUAUUUGGAAAACCCAGUAGUAAUGUUACUGCUGUGUUUGGAGGAAGUUCAGCCUUUGCGGUUGUCAAUAAUUUGGGAAAUGCUUACAUUUGGGGGAAGAACAAAAAUGGAUCUCUUGGUCUGGGGAAUUCGAAAGAAAAUCAGUAUUUCCCUUUCCGCCUUCCGAUUUCAGGGAAGGUUUUAAAUGUUGUAUUUGGAUUCGAACAUACUUCUGCUAUAGUUAAACAAAAUAUUUAAUUAUCUUUGUCUAGUUAUU